AUGAAAAUACGGUAUUCGAUAGUCACAGUUAUAAUAUUUAUGCCUGAAACAAUGGCAUCAAAUAGAUUUAAAGAUCUUGCUCGCAGUUAUGAAAAGUUACUUCAAAAUGGCUAUAAUUUUGAUGUAAUCAUUCGUUGUGGUGAAGGAAAUGAUUUUAAAGAGAUACAUGCUCAUUCUCUUAUCUUAAGUGAACGUUCAUCUUAUUUUAAUGCGGCACUUUCUUCUAAUUGGGCUAAGAAGGAAGGUAAUUAUUAUGUUUUCACAAAACCAAAUAUUCCUGCAAAUAUAUUUGAAAUUAUUUUGAGAUAUUUGUAUACUACGGAAAUUAUCCUUACAAAGUUUGACUUUGUCGAAGCUAUAAAUCUGUUAAUGGCUGCUGAUGAGUUACUUCUUCAAAGUCUUAUGGAUAAGAUUAUAUCAUUUAUUAAUCAGAGAUUGGAAAAAUUCGUGUUGAAUGAUGCAGUUGGUGUAUUGCAAAUAAUUUUCCAGCAUAAUAUUUGUGAAUCAUUCCGGGAGUCUUGUCUUCAUCUAAUAUGUAUAUAUCCUAAUAAACUAUUUGAACAUCGAAAGUUUACUCAAUUGGACAAAUCAAUCUUAAUGCUCAUAAUACAACGUGAUGAUCUAGGCGAAUUAAGUGAAUCCAGUAUAUGGAAAUAUUUAGUCAUAUGGGGUGUUGGUCAAAAUUCUACUCUUCAAGGAAAAAGUUUUGAAACUUGGAAUGAUGAUGAUUACAUUAUGCUGAAAAAGACUAUAUACGAUUUUAUACCCUUGAUUCGUUGGUUCCGAAUAUCACUAGAUGAAUUUCAACAGGACUCGGAAUUUUUUAACUUUUUUAAAAAUAUAUUGUCAAUUAAAUCUACAGAGUUGCAUCAAGAUAUUCUUUAUUAUUAUCUUUAUAAUAAAGCAUUAAGGCAUAAACCAUCUAUUUAUUCAUAUUGUCAAAAAAUAGAAGAAAUCAAUACGCAUAAGGAACUUUUCAAUUUAAAUGAAAUGUUGUUCCGAACCCAAAAACAUUAUGAUGUUGUCAUUCAUGUUGGCGAAGGUGAUGAUUCAAAAGAGUUUCAUGCACAUUCAUUCAUUCUAUGUUCUCGAUCAUCUUAUUUCGAAACUGUCAUUCUUAAUAAUAAGAAUUACGCUAAAAAUGAUGGAAAAAUUUCUUCUUUUACUAUAAAUAAUAUCUCGGAAACAAUAUUUAGAGUAAUUUUAAGAUAUCUAUAUACUACAAAAAUUGAUUCAAGUAAUUUGAAUGGAUCCGAAGUUUUGCAAUUAAUAGAAACUGCCAAUGAGUUCGAACUUGCUAACAUAAUUAAAUAUUUAUUAUCAAGAUCCAAUUUUGCAAAAAUAGUCUUAAGCAAAUUGAAUAGUACGGAAGUUUUACGUCUUAUAGUAAGAAUUAUUGAGUUGGAUUUUAGUUUCUAUCUCCAAUAUAGAUCUGAUAUGAAAAUCGUUUUAGAAAAAUUGGACAUAAAUGAUGUUUUAGAUCUUAUGAAAACGGACAAUAGAAUAGUGAUUCGAAAAUUUUUUGAUAAUAUGUUAUCAAGCAUGGAUUCUGUCAACUCUUUUUUAAGAAAGUUAAGUAGCGAAAAGAUCUUACAAUUAUUGGUAACAUCUAAUGAUUUUCAAUACAGAAAAACUGUCAGUAACUUAUUAACAAAUGCUGAAACUAUUUUUGGAAAUUUAAAUGAAGAGGAGAUUUUUCAACUUAUGAUGGCGGCUAAAGUGUUAAAGCAUAACAUAAUUACGGAUAGUUUAUUUUUAAGCGAGGGUUUUACAAAAGUCGUUUUAGACAAUUUAAAUUGUACUGAGCUUUUAGAUUUAUUAGUAAUUGCUGAUCAAAUGCAACUUCAAAAGUUUUUUAAUCAUAUGCUAAACUUUAUAGACCAAAAGUUAGAGGAAUAUAUGAAUUUUGAUGCAUUUGGUGUAUGGAAAAAAGAAGAUUACGAUAUAUUAGAAAAGACUAUACAUGAUUAUAUUCCCUUAAUUCGUUGGUACCAAAUGUCAAAACAUGAAAUUUUAGAGUACUUUGAUUUCCUUAAAAAUAUUAUUUCUGUCGAACCGAUUCUUAAUUAUAUUUGUUAUAAUGUAAUGCCAUCAAAUGGAACUAGAAUUUUACCGCCAAGAUAUACACCACCUAAUCAUAUGUUUCAUGUUAGGCCACAACAUUUUGAUAUUAUUGCAAGUCUAUUAGGUGGGUUUAAUGCUUUAAGUUGGAAACAUCCUGGAUCAGAAAAAACCGAUGAUUUAGAAAAAAUUGCUUAG